AUGGAGGAGCGGGUCAAGAUGUUCAUGGAGGUAACCAAUUUGUCGGACGAGGAGGAGGCAGAGUCCAUUCUGAAGACCUGCGAAGGAAAUCUAGAGGAAGCGAUAUCGACGUACUUGGGGCAGGUUGACUUUAAUGAACUGGACGAGGACCCCCCCGGAAACGCAUCCACGAGAAACCGCGGGAAGAGCCGCUACGCCACCAGAGCAGCGACAAACCAACCAACGGAAAGAAAUGAGAUGUGCCAACGGAACGAAGAAAAAAUAGAGAGAGCCAAUUUGUUUAACCUAUUAAACCAUCUGGGGUCGUUGAUAUUCCCCAUUGUAAAAAGCGUGUAUAGCCUUUUGUCUGCUUGCCUCAAAUUGGUGAGCACAUAUAUCGUUAAUUCUCCAGAGAACGGAACGUUUGCAGCAUACUACGAGGAAAGGUUCGGGAAGAGACAUGUUAAUUUUUUCAAAGGGAGUCUAAGUGAAGCCAUAAAGGUGUCGAAGCAGGAGGAGAAAUUACUGCUCGUGUAUCUACACAUAGAAAAUAACGAUAGCACCUACUUCUGUGAAUGCAUUUUUAAGAAUGAGGAGAUCAAGUCCUUUUUCGACAACAGUUGUGUUUUCUUUGCGCAAGACAUUACCAAGGGGGAUAUAAGAGAGCUGAGUAACGUGUUGAACGUUUUUAUGCUACCCCAGAUAAGCAUUAUCCAGACGAGUCAUGUUAAGCAGUAUGAGGAGCUGUCCAUCAUUUAUGGGACCCCGUCAGUUACCCAUAUUUUAAAAUCCGUAACGCACUGCAUUGAGCAAAUGAACGCAAAGAAGGCAAACCAGGAUAAAGUAAAAAAUAAAACAUACACCGAUAGACUUAUUCGAGAGGAACAAGACAGGGAAUACCUCGAGGCUUUGAAGAAAGAUCAACAGAAGGUCCAGGAAAGGAAGAAAAAGGAAGAGGAGAAAAUGAAAAAAAUUCAACUAAAAAAAAAUAUAAAAAACAAGCGAAUGGAGAUGGCCAAUAAAUUUCCCUUACCGAUUAGGGACAAUGAGAGGGUAACAAGAAUAUGCAUUCGGUUACCGAACGGGGUGAAAAUACAAGACAAGUUCAGCUUGAACCAUACACUAGAGGAUGUUUACGAGUGGGCAGAGUGUUCUGAAUUCUUGGGACAGAACUCCGGAAGUGCAAAGGGGGAGAUCAAUAUUCCCUUCAAAUUUGAGUUGAUAUGCGGCCACACCAAGGCUGUGCUGCAACGUGCGCGUAACGCGCUUGGGGAGUUCGACCUCUACCCGAAUGCAGUGCUGAACAUGAAGUCUCUGGACUCGUCCGAUGAGGAGUAA